AGACCUUAUGUAAUUACCGGUUUAUGUUGUUGAAAUCUCCUUUCAAUUUCUCUCCUACUUCCGUAGUUCGAAGGUAAAAUGCCAUACGAUGUCAAGGUUGAUUGUGAUGAAAGUGAUGUUUGCAUAAGAUUUAAUGAAGAGCAAUUAAUCUGUACUAUUUGCUCUUCCACUUGGUUGAAUAAGAAACCGCGUUGCUUGCCUUGUGAAGUCAGCCAUAUUUUCUGUUCAGAUUGUUUAGAGCAAUUUGCAUCAAAAAAUAGACUUAAAACAGGAGAAAAAUUCGGUUGUCCAAAUUGUCGAAAACAAUAUAUUUGGCCAAAAAACGGAGUUAAAUCUUUUGUAUUACUUAUGCCUUUUGUUAGCACUUCCGACUAUCGAUCGAAUGUGGAAAUGGAAAUGGGCGAAAAUGAUACGCAACCUUUUUCCGUUCUUAGCGAAGACGAGAAGUUCAGAGAAGAGGAAUCGAAGGACUUUGAAUCAGAAAUCAUGAACGCCCUCGAAUCUUUAAGCGAAGAGCGUCUAAGUGAAUCAAAAACCCUACAGAGGGAAGCUCGCAGUCUAGCUGCAAUGAUUUAUAAGAAACAGUCGGCUUUGCAAGAUGAAUUGGAUGUAUAUUUUGCGGAAAAAGAGUCAAACUUAAGGUUUUUAUUAAAGAAUGUUAAAACAUAUCAAUUAUUCCUGAAUCGAGCGGGAGUAAUGUUUGAACAUAAUGCAGUCGAGAUGAGAAACAAACUGCUAAAGGAAAUGAAUAAAGUUUUUCAAACAACGAUAAGAUUCAAGAGUCUUGUGUCAAUUGAGGAUUUUGAAUUAGGUGAAUCAGCUUGCGAAGAAUUCGAGCCAACGUAUUUUCAAACGGAACUUGAUAUUGAAGGAACUAUACAUAGUAUAUCCUGCCUCGAUAAGCGGCUUUACGUUCUUACUAAAGAUAGAAGAGAUAAGAGAAAAAUUGAGUUUAAAAUUUUUAGAAUUGAAAAUGAAGCGGAAGACUUUUUGUUCCACUUAGAGACUAAUAUUGACUCACAUUUCAAGAUGGUUAUCAAAGAUAACGUUUACUUGUUGGAAACUGGUGGAGAUAACAAUACUUUUCUCAAACUUGAAGUUAAUCCUAGUAGAGGACUUUAUCAUCAAUCUCGGUAUCAAUUGACAGAGGUCGACUAUUUCGCAAAACAAUUUAAUCAUAAUCCAUGGACACACGUUUGCUCUUCAUACAAGAUUUUAAUGCUAUUUAACGAUUAUGUACUGGAAGUAUAUAGCUUUGAUCCUAAGAUGUCUAAAUACGAGAGACUAAAGGUGCUUGAACUUCCCUCAUCUACUGGUUUAAGAGAUGUUAGAAGUACUGGAAAUUAUAUUUUUAUGCUAUUUAAUAAUGGUUGCCUCUAUACGGCUGAUAUAAAAGACUACGAUGAGUUUUCUAAAAUUAAAAUUUCGGAGAGAGCUAGUUGUAUUUCAUUUUACGGAAAUAUUAUUGAUCCCUUAAAGAAUGGUUGUGUUCUACUCUCCAACGGUAAACGUGUUUAUAUUGUCAAUCUAGCAACGAAAUGUGCAAUAUCGUAUCCUCUUCUAAGCAUUGUUAAAGAUUGCAGGAUGAUAGACUACGAAUUAAUUGAUAAUGACAUAAUAUUUUAUUUUGUCAUCGGUGCUGAUAUAAUAAUCAAAAAACGUUAUAUUUUAUAAGAAACACUAAAGAGUAUUAAAGUUUUUGACAGUGAAAAAAGAAACGACGAUUUUUUUUCAUU